UACGAACGUACAUACAUUUUGCAUUUCUCGCUACCAGGUACUAUUGACGAAGUUGAGUCUUAUCGUCAUCUCGCUUUCUUUCCUCAACGUCGCAUCGUAUGUCGUGACGUUCAUUAUGUAAUUUUCUUGUCACGCAGAGCCACCCCUGACGCGAAGCCGGCCAAUCACUCAUGCUUGUAGCGCGCUUGUUUUGUAUGCUUCGAGCUACCCACCCAUUCGCUGUUUCUUGCCGUCUUCCUUGUCUCAUCCAUCUGUUACUAUCCGUUCGGAUUCGGCGGGGCGCUCUAUUUGUUAAUAUCCUACGCCACGAGGGUAUAGCGCGCCUAGCCCUUUCGUGCUUACUUACAUUUUUACAUUUCGCGCGAUGGAUCGACAAGGGGAAAUUAGAAUGGCAAUUCUCGGCCGCUCGGAUGCGAGUGUACCUUGCAGGCUUAGACAAUAGGAAGAAAAACCGAGGACCCUUCGGGACCGCGCCUAGCUUUAGCCUAGCUCGAUUUUGCAACUGGAAUAGCGGUACGAUAGACAAUUUUGGAAGCCAUCGCGGCUCGAAUGCGCCCCGCUAUGCUAUGUGGUCCCAGGGGAGGUUACAGGUGCUGCUAUGCACAGUAAUCACUAAUGUGUCCUCCCCAGCAUUGCUCUAAUUAUGUAUAUGCGCGGUCUAAUCGUCGCCUUCCUUCCUAAAACCUUUUUGCCUGCCUACACCUAGGUGGAUGAUUACCUAGGAAACCGGCAACCCACGUCGCAUGUGUAUGGUCUAGUCGGAGACUUU